AUGGUAAAGGGACUAAGGCAGGAGCUGAGGGAGAAGGUAGCCCUACGACAACUUGAAAAGUUCAAUCAGGCAGUGGAAGCCUGCCAGAUUACUGAAAGUAGCCUGAACCACCAGGCGCUAGUCAGGCCCGCUCCUAGACCAGAAGGACCAGCAACAAGGGACGGACCAAAGGUGACUUCUUUCGGAGGAAAUAGGAAGAGCAAGCCAGGACACUAUAUAAGGGAGUGCCCCCUUAAUAUGGAUGGCUCGAGGCCCCAAGCUCAAGGGAGGGUCUUUACCCUCACAAAGGAAGAGGCUGAUAAGUCACCUGAGAUGAUACAAGGUAUGAUCCAAGUUAAUAACUACCUUGUGCAUGCAAUGUUUGACUCAGGUGCUAGCCACUCCUUUGUUUCAUAUGAAUGCGCGAAGCGCAUAGGCCUUGCUAUUAACACAUUAUUAUAUGAUCUAUGUGUGGCUACUACUACAGGCACUAAAGUUUAUACAUUUGAUGUUUGCCUAAAUUGUAUUGUCCAGUAUGCCCACUGUUGCACUACACUUGACCUAAUAUGCAUGCCUUUUCAUGAGAUUGAUGCGAUACUUGGUCUGAAUUGGCUGUCUACCCAUAAUAUACUCCUUGACUGUAAGAAUAGGACUUUGAUUUUUCCUCCCCAUGAGCUAACCCCUCAUACCGAGGUGAAAAUAAACUUGAUCAUGAGAGCCCAAGCCGGGGAUUACCUAAAACAUGGCUGUCAGGGGUACGUGGUAUUCUUCUCUGUACAUGCAGAAGUGGAAGAAGGCGUAACAGAGAUACCCGUGGUAUGCGAUUUUCUGGAAGUCUUUCCGACAGAAAUUAGCGGGUUACCUCCAGAAUGA